UCGCGCUGAGCGGAUGGCCCCUCAGACGCUUGUAGAGACGUGGCCACGUCCGUCAACUCCGAACCGCGAACGACUUUGCGUCAACAACAAACAAUAAUAACAAUAUUAAUAAUAACAACAAUAUUAAUAAUAACAAUAACAAACAACAAUAAUAGUAACAACGCAAGCGCCAAAAAGCAAUUGGAAAUUACUGAGGUGAGGUGAAAAAAGCAACAGUUUGUCGCAUUAAACGAGCAUAGAUUACAGUUAGCUGAACCAAAACGCCGCGUUAACUUAACAGUGUUAAUCGAUUCCUCAAAGAAAGAGUUCGUUGAAACGAGAGGGUUGCGCCUGUCGAGAACCUGAGUUGGUUGAGAAGGAGGAGACGGCGGCAUUGGGGGGUGGUGAUCGAGCGUGUGAUCGGGGCCUAGACAUGAUUGAGAUGGUGGCAGAGCUGACACGAGGGCCGGUGUUUCUGGCCGGAGAGGUUCUUGAGUGCGUUGUGACCUUCACCAACCCCGAGGUGUGGCUUCCUUCUUCAGCCGGCCGUGAGAGCGGCAGUGAGACUCUGGCAUGGGCGAGCGUGCAGCUCCACUGUCAGAUGCUCGUCAGCGAGGUCCACGUGGCCCUUCCUCCGUCGAGUCCUCGAAUCCCCGGUUCCCAGGCCAUGAGCGAAACUGCCUUCGUGCCCAACCGAGGAGAGAGGGGGCAGUGCGUUCUCUCCACUCCUCCGAAGAUCCUCUUCUGUGACCUACGCCUCGCUCCAGGGGAGAGCAAGGCUUUCGUGUACAGGGAGACUCUACCCGCGGACGCGCCACCGUCGCUGAACGGUCAGGCCGUGCGCUACGCGUAUCGCCUCUCCGUGGGCUGCCAGCGGCUGCAGGGCACGCACGCCACCGCACUGCUGCGCGUGCCGUUCCGCGUACUCGUGCUCCAAGGACUGCUGGACUACCGGCCCCUAGAUGAAGACGAUGGCACGGUGGCACCUGUUAACCCAUUCUUGGACGACGGAGAUGGCGAUGAUGAUGAUGACGGUGACGAUGGCAAAGACAAGGAGUGGGACUCGGACAAGCAGGGUGGCAGCAAGCUCAUCGAUGUUGCAAUGGAUCUGAUCGCAGAAGUCAUAUCUCGAAGUCGCCCAUGUGCGCUCAACGUGGUGAGCCCACAGGGCGGCGUGGGGCGGCUCAGCGUGGCGCGCACCGCGUACCGGCUCGGCGAGGAGGUGUCCUGCAGCAUCGACUUCUCGGCGGGCGAGGUGCGCUGCCUGCACUUCUCCGUGCUGCUGCAGGCGCAGGAGAGGGUGGAGGCCUCGACAUGCCAGCAGCGCCACCGCUCGCCGUCGCCCGUGACGCACGCGUCGCACCACGAGCUGUGCCUGCACACGGGGCGCACGCACGCCGCCCUCCCCGUGCCCCUGCACGCGCCGCCCAGCUUCAGCUCGCCCCUCGUGAGCGUGCGGUGGCGGCUCCACUUCCAGUUCGUGGUGGCCGUCGAGCCGGAGGUUGUGCCGCCGCUGCAGCGCGGAUCCGCGCCCGGUCUGGGCUGUGUGUGGCGCGGGGCGCAAAGCGUCCGCGCCGAGACGCUCAGCUGGGACCUGCCCAUCACUGUGCUGCCCUGCGACCCCCUGACAGCUCGCAGCGGCUGGCUUGUGGAGCCGUGUGGCUCCAUGCUUCUGGUAAGUGUGCCUUGAUCCAUGCUUCUCUUUGUUUGGCCCCCAAUAUUAUUCCAGUUUCAUGCCAUGAGAUGAAGAGCGUUUGUGCUGAACUUCCCUCCGAUGCUCUUUUGGGGUUGUACCGCACAUUGUACGGCGUGAUGUCCCAUCCAUUCAGAACUCCUGUGGAGAAGUGAAUCAUCCCGCUUUAUAUAACGGUCUGCACAAGCAGAUUUUCAAAUAACUUUCUUUCCGAGAUCUCUAAUUCUCACACUAGGUGGCGCACUUUCCCACACGCAACACGACGAGUUAAUGUUUGUUGCAUGACCGUCAAAUUGAUAUUUAUAAUUUCCAGAGCUGAAAUUGUGACAAACUAAGUGAAACCCAGAUUUAACAUGACGGGGAAAAAAAAUGUCCAUUUAUUUGGUGACCAGGCUAAGACCAUCAAUAUUCUAAACUUUAAAAGCUGGUUUCAUCACAGUGAGCUAAAACCCAGAUUCAAGCCCAAAAUCUCAGCGGUAACGGCACAGCACGCUGACCCCUGACCCACUCGGCCACCUCGCUCCAUGCUGUUGUAAAAGAAGUGUCGAUCAAGGGAUUAUCGGUCGUGCCACUCGUCCCCGUUGUCAGCUCUGAGGAUACCCAUUUGGUCCCUCGGGUGCGAGGCCAGCUCGCUGGAGGCUGCUUCUUUGCAUAGCCCCAGGAAAAAUGUGGGACGUGAUUGACACUGGGUCACAGCCUGUGGAACUCGGUGGAAUUGGGAAUUUAGAUGUGGUCAUAGGCCCUCUGUUACUGUGUCCACAGAGCCUGUGGCUGACUGACGACCUGUAGUGUAAUGUGCUUGGCCAAAUUAGCCAGGAGACAGUGCACAAGUGAACAGGGAGUCUGAGUAAUUGUUAAAUUGACAAAAUUGAUAGUUUGAAUGUUGAUUCGGGGCAAUUUCACAAAUUAGGCAACCUUAUAGUGAACAUAAAACAUUUAGUAGUAUAAUAACAGUUACGUGGUGUCAUAUUUGAAAGUCAUUCGCCAUAGUUUUAGAAAAUGUCUCAUUUACGGAAUACGUCUUUUUUACACGUUCUCGAAAUUUGAGAUGCACCAUCACCACCAUUCCAGAAUGGAUUAAAACAUCUGAGCACAUCUGAGACCGUGGAAUUUUAUGAUCAGUUUUACUAGAUCAUGAAAAAGUGGACAUGUGUUUUCUGAGUUAGGACUGUAAUUAAGUUAAAACAAUGUAUUGCAAUAGUUUGUAUCAAAUAUUAGAGUAGAAUAACACAAAUGAAUACUCAUAGGAAUGUCCAUCUGUCUACAUGAAAAUGAAAUGUUUCAUAGCCAAUUAGUCUCUUGGCCCUCCAGAUUAGUAUUAUCCAGCAGCAUUUGUUUAAGCAAGCAAAAUUCUACGUCUCAUCAGCACAAAUUGCCUCGUUAAACACAUACUGCUGGAUUACCAGAUAUCAUUGCUCAGAGCAGUUAUACCUUUUGACUUGUUAUUGUGACUGUUUUUCGAAAGUAUUGUCAUGAGAGUGUAUUUUAUUUACUAUUCAAGUUAAACACACAUCAUUACAGACGUCGUGUUUACAAUAUUGUUGUUUGUAUUAGUAUACAAUUAUCACAGACAUAGUGUUGUUUACAUUAUUAUUGUUUGUAUUAGUAUACAAUUAUCACAGAAGUAGUGUUUACAUUUUUAUUGUUGUUUGCAUUAGUAUGAAACAAAUCAUUUACAGCCUUCAUCCAGUCGUAGCCUUCAUCCAGUCUACAACUGGAUGAAGGUCUCUUUAUACAGAGCCGGUCUUGGAGUUGUUUGACCAUAUUUCACCACACUGGUCAGUACAGGUUGGUGAAGGAAUAGAGGGUGCCUGGUCCGGUUCAAAGAUGUCACACGCCACCGACAUUAUCCAUGGCAAUGAAUUGAACUUUGAUGGCCAGGUUCACAGCGCAGUGCUUGAACCGCUACUCGACUGCUUUAUUCAGACAUCCUGCAAUGGUUUUGCAAUUUGACCGCAC